ACUCAAUGAAAUCACUUACGAACUACAGGAACUAAAUUUAUGUGUUGCCGAUUAAUUGAAACUUGUUAACUAUUUCCUCAUUUGACAUUAAUACAGCAAUACUCAUGGAUGUUCAGCCUGGACACUGCUGGCGUUGUGAGAGGGUUCUCCCUCAACAUUCAGUGCCCUGCGAGUUUUGUAAGAUAGCAAAGUACUGCAGCACGCCAUGCCGAGACAGAGACAAAGUCAGACAUGGAAGUGUGGAGUGCCAACUUUAUCGGCACAAAACAUGUGCCUCAUGUGGGAGGACAGCUCCAAAUAUCAGUGAGUGUGCAAGUUGCAACAGUGCAUGGUACUGCAAUAAGAAGUGUCAGAGAAGUGACUGGCCAGCCCAUAAAGAGAAUUGCAAUAAAAUCAAGUCACUCAUAAUCAAACUGUCUAUCAAACUUGCAGCAAGAAACUCUAAAUUAGCAUCUAGCACAAGGGUAGAUGACUCAAGUCAUUACUUUGGGAACACUUUGGCCAAAGAUUUCCUUAAAAUUGCCAGUAAUGAGUUGUUCGAUGAGACAGCAGCUGUACAGUUGGCCAGGGAUUUCCAUGUCUUAUCUGCUGGUUGUGGAGACUUGCGCAACACUGUGAUGACAGCUGCUUCCUUGCCUGAUGAGCACCGGGGGAAACUUCACAUCACCCUCAAUGACUACGACCCUUUUGUCAUGGCAAGGAAUGUGCUGUUUCUCUUCAUGUUGGUCCGCUUCGCAGACACUGACUACAUUGCUUCCAGUUUGACAACCAUCUGGUACUCACUCCAUAUUUCCAAGAGAGAGUACGACUUGGUCAAGAAAAGCUUGGAUGAACUCACUCAGAUGAGUGCACAGCAACUCCAUGAUGCUACCAAAGGACUGGUGAGUGUCCUGGAUGAAGAUCUUAGGUAUCUGUGUCAGGUUUGGGAAAGAUGGCAAACACUGGAAUGCCAAAAAGGCAAGAGAACCUCGAUCAAUCUAAGAAAGCAAAGAGAGAAAGUGUUUAAGCCAGAUAAAGUGAGGGAAGGUGUGUCGCUUUACCUAGCAGGUCUAUCGCCUGAAGACCAGAAGACCAACAAGGAGUGGUAUGACCAUGCUUUGUUUGUCCCCACUAACACACAAGAAACUUUGCCAUAUGACAACCCAACACUAACUGGACGCAGCGCACACUUUGAAUAUGUUUGUGAUAUAACGGCCCCAGAAGAUUGUGAAUUUGUGUACUGCAUCAAGGAGUCAUCCAUUCCUUUUGCAGUGUGGGACUGUUUGAAAGUAAGAGAGCUCACUCCUGGAUCCCACUCCUCUCCGAUGGUAAUGUACCACAAGUACGUGACAAACCUCCUCCAGAAAGUCAAGAGUCUCAUCCUUCAAGGUAGGCUCCUUAUCCAUGUCUCCUUGGCCAACUGUCUGGACUUUCCUAAUCACCAUCAAACCUGGAGCAUGCCCAACUACGACCGAAUCUUCACUUCAAACCUUGCUGACUAUGUGGGAUUCGCUAAACUCCUGCAGACGUUCAAGCCACUGCUUAAUGCCAACAACAGCUACUCAGCUAUUGUCACUGAGAGUAUGAACUGGAUUGUGACAGUACCAGGAGCAAACAUUACACCAUUUUGUCCCUUGUUUGAGAGAUGUAAAGAUUUGUGUAUUCAAGACACCGGAACAUAUACCAAUGGCUUAAAUCCCGUACGAGAGUAUUACGACAAUACCAUCUUCUUUCUGAUGUAUCUCCGGGGUGACAUCAUGGGAGGGGGACUAGGCAUACCAUCACUCAAGGAAGUACCAUCAUUUGAGAGUGUCAAGAAAUAUCACGGCCUUCAAAUGCGUGACUUUCGGAAGGGACUGAACAAACUUGUUCCAUUCCAGUAUCGAGUGAAUGCAAGGGACCUCACCAUGAUGAAUGGGUCUGACAGAGCUGUAGAGUGGUAUCUGCCUCAAAGUGAUGCUUAACUGUAGACUGUUUUAAUUGGGGGAGGCACUUCUGCUUGUAAUGUACUAAAAGCUGGGCUGUAAAAUCUUGAAUCCAUACGAAUACCUCAAACGGUGACUGCUCUA